CUGGCUCUGUCGCCGAACAGGCUAUUUGUCAAAUAUCACUGUCGACGAGCUACCCGCCUCCUGAGCUGGGAAAAGUCUUUUUGUGACCAAUUCCGAUGUCGCAGAGGGAAAUGAAAGUCCUUGCCCUAGGGUUGCCGCGAACUGGCUCGGCGUCCCUAGCCGAGGCUUUGAGGAUUCUCGGCUACAAAAAUGUCCAUCACGGUCUCAACAACAUCGACAACAAAAGUGAUUGGCGCCUAUUUGACCGCGCAGCCGAUGCAAGCUUUUCGGUUCUCCCGGGUUACAGCGAGGAAGUCCUAAAAAGGCAGGAAUGGGACCAGGUUUUCGGCUCCUGUGAGGCCGCAACCGACACGGCUUCAUUCUUCGCUCCGCAGCUCGUUCAGACUUACCCGCGCGCCAAGGUCAUACUCACCAUCAGAGACUUUGACCCAUGGUUCAACAGCAUUGAUGAAACAAUCAUCCGCCUGUUAUGGAAUCCAAUGGCGGAAAUCGUCGUCAGAUAUGCGGGGCCUGUGCUGGGUGUAAAGUCGACUACGGUAGCCAGGAAGCUUGUUUUGGGAUUUUUUGAGGCACGAAAUGUAUGCGAGAUCCGAAGCAAUGCACUACGGGUCUACGAGCGACACCACAGGACGAUUCAGAGUAUGGUUCCCGCUUCACAGCUACUGAUUUAUCGCAUGGGCGAUGGCUGGGAACCGAUAUGCUCUUUUUUGGGAAAACCGGUGCCUGAGAUUGAGUUCCCGCGGAUCAACGAAAUGGCUGAGCUGAAAAGAAGGGGCACUGCUGUUUUCAUAUCUCGGAUUUUGUCCGCCACCGGCUUGGUUAUCGCGCAGACUUUGGGGGCUAUGAUUCUGGGCUUGAUCGCGUGGAAAGCAGGGAGAUACUGGAGGAUGAGAUAAGAGGUCAAGUCAAGCAGAUAGCAAAUCUGCAUACCGUAAGCAGUGAAGUCGGACCUUGCGGAAGAGGUCAUAGUUUCACCACGGUACUCCGCCCGGGCCUGUAAUUGAGAAUGCUUUGGUUCGGCGAACGUGGCCCGGGAGUAGUUUCCGAUUCGAGAGCGUCGCGAAUGAGUACACAGAAAGCCCACCUCGCAGCACAAGUGCUCUCAAACACGA